GGACAUGCACCUGCUGGAUUGCAGGUGUCCCCUGGGGCCCAGGGUGCUGGCCAGGAGGCAUUUGUGUACUCAGGCCAGCCUCCUCUGGCUGCUGUGACUCACUGUGCUUCUCCAGCAGGCUGGGCUGAGCAGACACAGAGGUGUCACACCUUCCAUCACUCAGCAGAAUGGACUUGCAAGCUGGAUGAGGUGGGGCCUACCGUCGAGGCCUGAUGGAGAGCAGGCCGCCCAGGGCUUCUCUUGCACCUGGCGGGUCCUGGUGCUGGGGCUGCUCAGCCCCUUUCCAGCUACCCCUCUGCAGUUGUGCCUGGAGACCCGAGUUCUGAAUCCCUUCCCACUUCCAUCUAAGGAAUCUCCCACCUCUCUCAGACCCUCAUCAAGUUUUCUUGUGCCCCUUCUCAUGAAAUCCAGCAGACCCUCUGCCCUUGGCAGCAAAUCACGGUAACUGCACCCACCCUCAGAGGCUAUCUGGGCCUCUCGUCCCCUGCCCGCCUUGCCUGGCCCUCCUGUGUUGACCCUGCGGCAGCUUCUCUUCCAGGAUGUCUCCAUAGGAAUUCACACAGCAGACCCCGCCUCUGUCCAGCCGACCCAGGGCUUUAGUCAUUUGCCGAGCUCCUUGGGGUCCUUCUAGCAUAAACAGCUGCCCCUUCUUUUCUGGAGUGGGGAGGGCACAGCACAGCCCACCUGCUUUCUCAGCGGGCAGGAAGCCAGGGCUUGCCCUCCCUCCUCCCUCCCUGGGUUCUGCCAGCCCUUUGCUAGCUCCACUGCUCUGCCCCUCCAGAGCCCAGCCCCAGCAGCAGUCCCAUUGGUGUCCCGCCAGCAGUCCAUUCUUGGUACUGGAGCAGCAGGAGACCCACUCCCCACCAGAUCUCCUCAUGUCCGUCACUUCUGGCCACUGCUGUCUGUCAUUCUUAGGAGUGUCCAGAUGCCCUCACAGGCGAGAGUGCCCUUUGAGCUCAGAACCUCCUGAGCUGCUGGACUUCCCUGUCUGGGGCUCUAGCUCCCCAAGCUCGCGGGAGGCCCUUUUGGAGUUCUCAGGCUGUUUGGGAUGAUGCCAGGACGUGUGUUCCUGGGCCAGGCAGGCCUGCACUGCACAUAUCGUGACAGUGCCUGGAGCCCAGUGGGCAUGCGGGGCAUAUCUGUGGGAUGGUGUGCAUGGCAAAGUCAGGUGGCUCUGGGGCAUCUUCCAAGGGCUUGAGCACGGCAUUGGGUUCUGCCUGACUCCUGUCUGCUAAGGGAGCCCCCAGCAGCCCUCCACCUCAUCUCCAGGCAAAUUUGUCUGCAUGAUGUUUCACUGGAAUCUUGCAAAUGAUCUUUAGUACUCUAAAGUUAUACAUGCAUAUAGUUUAGAGAGUAAAUGCAUUCUACAAGAUUAAUUAAGAAAAACAGCAAUCCCUGGUGCUCCUCUUUUGCCCUCCCCAGAGCCGAGUACGUCUGAUUCUGAGAGUAGAUUCUUUUGAUGUUUAUCUUUUCUCUAAAUGCUGCAUUGCUACUUGAUUUUUUUAAAGCAUUUAGGCAUUAUAUUGACUUGCAAGAGAUUGAAGUCUCUUUUCACACCUCUGUGUACAGUUACAGGCACGCACACCCCCUCAGGCACUCAUGCACACAUGUGUGUGUACACACGCACACACUUGCACAUGUUACACUGGUGGCAUCCAAGCACACUGUGCACAUGCCACGCCACUUCUCAUCUCCUGCCUGCCUUUCUGGUUUCCCUGGGUUCCUGAUGGCCUUGUGUGCUUGGGUCCUAGACAUAGACCCUUCCACUUCCACCCUUCCUUCUUCCACUCUGUCUCAUGUUUCUUCGUAUCAGUGGUUUGUUGUCUCAUCUUCAUGAGGAAGUCUGUCCAGAACCUUCUAUGGGGCAUGGUCAGUGGGUUGCCCACCUUGUUCAGCCGCAGUCCUGGUUCCCUUUCCUGCCUCCCAGCUGACCUCCUUCCUUAGAUGACCCCUGGUUUUUAUGGAGUGCAUCGUGAAGUCCUCAAGUCUCCAUGGGACUGUGGGGCCUUUGUUAUCUGGGCUUCUUCCUCGGGGGGUGGGGAACAGUGCCGUUGUGUCUGGGCACUGCAGCCAGACUGCCUGGCUCUGAAGCCUGUCUCCUCCAGUCACCAGCUGUGUGACCCUGGGCAAGUUAGCCCAUGUCUCUGGGCCUUCGUUUCCACACUCUGCAAGGCAAAGGUGACCUUGCCAUCUCACAGGGCUUGAGCCUGUGAAGGUGGUGGGCUCAGAUGAGGGCUGCUGCUGUGUGUGGGAGUGCUGUCCGUUAACAGUCAGCUUUCUAGGGUUUCUUUUCAGAAGAGUUUCUCUCUCCUUCAAGUUGGGUCCCCGUGGGUCCUCGCUGUACCCACCUAGGUCCCCCUAUGAGGCCCUGCUGUGGAGGCCUCCUCGAGGGCUGAGGUCUGCCUCACAUGACCUGAUCUAACAUGGAGCCCUGGGCUCCCUAAGCCCCUCUGGGCCAGCAGUCCUCCACAACCUCUCUCCCCUGAGCCAGUCUCUGAGCCCUAUUCCCCGCCCACAGGGCACAAGGCCUCAGGCAGGUCCCCAGGGUUCCCUGGGGCUUGCAGGGUCCCUCUGCCAACUGUAUCUCCUGCAUAGCUGGAUUUCUUUAUACCCAGCGACCAGAUCAGUAUGAGGAUGCAGCUUGCCCCAGACCCAGGUGUGUGGCCGAGCCUGCCUAGAGACUGACGUGAGCACAGUUUUUGUGUUUCUUCCAGCUCUUGAGGACGCUGCCUGCCCUUUCUGCUAUAAGAAGAUGUCGUAUGGGUCCAUCACCAGCGGAGGUGGCCUGGGGACCCGUGGACCUUUCAGGGGAUCCUCAAGGCAAGGCUGUCAGCCUCCAGGACUAGGCGCUGCCUCCAAGGGCCGCCGGACCCUGGAGCCCGCCUCGCCCCCUGCCUCUGGCCCGAGGAAGGACCCUGCUCUGGGGCCCCCUGGCCGGAGGGCGGGACCGAGUGCCAGCCGGGCCAAGAAGAGGAAGCCCAACUUCUGCCUGCAGGAGACGGAGGUGCUGGUGUCCAAGGUCAGCAAGCACCACCAGCUGCUGUUUGGCACGGGGCUGAUGAAGGCCGAGGCCACCCGUAGGUACCGUGUGUGGAGCCGCAUCCUGCAGGCCGUGAAUGCCCUGGGCUACUGCCGCCGUGACGUCGUUGACCUGAAGCACAAGUGGCGGGACCUGCGUGCUGUUGUGCGGCGCAAGCUGGGCGACCUCCAGAAGGCCACCCCUGAUCCUGGCCUGGGCUCCGGCAAGCCACAGGCCUUGGCCCUCACACCUGUGGAGCAGGCAGUGGCCAAGACCUUCUCCUGCCCAGCCCUGCCUGCCGAGGGCAUUGGCCUCGAGCUGCCCAAAGCCACACAGGUUGUUCCUCGUGACCUCCAGGAGCUGAGCCAGGAGACCUCAGCCAGUGUCUUCCAAAUCCACUCCAAUGUGACCUCCUUGGAGAGGAGCCUCCGGUCCUUGGGGACACCGAGUGACACACAGGAGCUUCGGGAUAGCCUGCACGCGAUGCAGCAGGAGACCAACAGAGCCGUGGCGGCCAGUGCUGGUGCCUUGAAGCAGACGUCAGAGCUCCUGCGGGGCUCCUGUCUGGAGCGCCUUCAGCUGGACCGGCUGAAGAUCCAGCUAGCAGAUGCCAUUCAGCGGUACGGAGUGGUCCAAAAGAAAAUUGCAGAAAAGUCCAGAGCACUGCUUCCCACAGCUCAGAGGGGCAUCAAACAGCAGAGUCCCCAGUCCCCCUUUGUGGAGCUGGCUGAUGAUGAGAAGAUCUUUAACGGCGGCGACAACACGUGGCAGGGCCAGGAGCAGGCUCUGCUUCCAGACGUCACCGAGGAGGACUUGGAGGCCAUCCGGCUGCGAGAGGAAGCCAUCCUGCAGGUGGAGAGCAAUUUGCUGGACGUGAACCAGAUCAUCAAGGACUUGGCCUCCAUGGCGUCGGAGCAAGGAGAUGCCGCUGGGUCCAGCAGCAGGAAGGCCACCAGCCGGCAGACCUCCAGCCCCGAGCCAGCAGAGGCAGCCCUGCUACCAGGGGUGGGGCUGGGCACCACACCCCUGCGGCCCAGCAGCCACUCCCGCACCAAGACACGCAAACCCAACUUCAGUCCCCAGGAGACAGAGGUGCUGGUGCGGAGGGUGGCACGCCACUACCCACUGCUGUUCGGGGCACUGCGGAGCACACCUGCUCGGAAGCACCACGUGUGGAGCAGGAUCCUACAGGCUGUGAAUGCGCUGGGCUACUGCCGCCGUGACCUGGGUGACCUCAAGCACAAAUGGAGGGACCUACGAGGGGCCGUGCGCAAGAAACUGGCAGAGAGUCCGGCUCCUGGAUUCAUCCUCACACCUGUGGAACGCAUGGUGGCUGAGACCUUCUCGACCCCAGCCUCCCAGGGCAAGAGCCAGGCAACAACCGACGAGGAAGACGAGGAUGAAACUGCCAACUGCCUGUGGAGACCCCUGAGGACCCCGGAAGGGCCCAGUCCACCUGAACCUGACCCCCUGGACUUCCGAGGAGCUCUCCGUGCAUCCACCUCCUCACCCUCCCUGCCUGCCUCCCUGGCAUCUGUGCCCCCAGGGGCCGCGGGCAUGGGUUCCUUUGGGCCCUCCCCACCUUCCUCAGCACCAGCAUCUACGCUGCCCCUGCCCUCCGGGAGGACCCUGUGCACAGCGUCUGAGGCCUCCGUGUUUGAGCAGCAGCUGCUGGACUCCCACCUGCGGCAGGGUGCCCUGCUGGCCUCCUGGUCGCAGCAGCAGGGUGCGCUGAUGGCCCAGCAGAACCUGCUGCUGCAGCGGCUGGCGGAGCAGAGCCAGCGGCUGGCUGAUGGUGUCGAGGCCCUCAGCCGGACCCUGGAGCGGCUGGUGGCAGUGCGCCCAGCCCAGGAGGGCUCACCCUCCAUCCUAGAAGGUAGCCCUGCUGGUGGAGGGGCCUGUGGACCCACCAGAGGCCCCCAGGACAGUCCCCAGGGUGCCCACCCAGGCCCAGAGGUCUUCUCGGGGCUGAUCCUGAAGGUGGAGGAAGAGCUGUAGGACUGGCCCAGGGUCCCCUUUGGCACCAGGCCAGGGAGAGGACAAGGACUGAGGAAGCCUGGAGAGGGUGUGGGGCGUCUCCCCACGGUGCCUUUCUGUCCCUGGCCUUGGGUGGGUGUGGCGACCUGCCAGUCUGGCCUCAGCACCAACCUGCUGGUCCAGGCCAGGGUCUACUCAGGACAGUGGCAGUGAGUCUGACCUCCCCCUGCCGGCUCCCACUUGAGCCCCCUGGGCCCGUGGCUGCCGUUGGCUGCGGGUCACCUCUGCAGGCCGGCACCAGUGGGGGGAGGUGGGGAAAAGACGCUCAGCCCGGGGCCUCGGAGCCCUGGGGAGUGGGGACUUGGCAGCUGCGCGGGCUCAGAGGGCCCGGGCUCGGCUCCUUGAUUCUGGUUCAGGGGAGCCCCGUCCGUGAGCCUGGAGUUAAUUCUCUUCAAUUUUAUAUCAAUGUCAUAAAUACAUAAAUGCAGACAUGAAUGUUAAUUGGUA